GACCUUGCCAACCGCUUCAAAGAGUUUGGCAAGGAGAUGGUGAAGCUCAACUAUGUGGCUGCCCGCAGACAGCAGGAGCUGAAAGACCCCCAGUGCCGGGACGAAAUGGCGGCUGCGCGCGGCGCCCUGAAGAAGAACGCCACCAUGCUCUACACGGCCUCGCAGGCCUUCCUGCGCCACCCGGACGUGGCGGCCACGCGCGCCAACCGCGACUACGUCUUCAAGCAGGUGCAGGAGGCCAUCGGGGGCAUCAGCAGUGCCGCUCAGGCCACCUCGCCCGGCGACGAGAAGCACGGCCACGCCGGCAUCGGCGAGCUGGCCGCGGCCCUCAACGAGUUUGACAACAAGAUCAUCCUGGACCCGCUGACGUUCAGCGAGGCGCGUUUCCGCCCCUCCCUGGAGGAGCGCCUGGAGAGCAUCAUCAGCGGCGCCGCCCUCAUGGCCGACUCGUCCUGCACCCGCGACGACCGCCGCGAGCGCAUCGUGGCUGAGUGCAACGCCGUCCGGCAGGCCCUGCAAGACCUGCUGAGCGAGUACAUGAACAACACUGGCAGGAAAGAGAAAGGAGACCCGCUGAACUCUGCCAUCGACAAGAUGACCAAGAAGACCAGGGAYCUGCGCAGACAGUUGAGGAAGGCGGUGAUGGACCACAUCUCAGACUCGUUCCUGGAGACCAACGUGCCGCUGCUGGUGCUCAUCGAGGCGGCCAAGAGUGGCAACGAGAAGGAGGUCAAGGAGUAUGCGCAGGUGUUCCGGGAGCACGCCAACAAGCUGGUCGAGGUGGCUAACCUGGCCUGCUCCAUCUCCAACAACGAGGAGGGUGUGAAGCUGGUGCGAAUGGCUGCCACCCAGAUCGACAGCCUCUGCCCACAGGUGAUCAACGCGGCCCUCACCCUGGCUGCUCGGCCCCAGAGCAAGGUUGCCCAGGACAACAUGGACGUGUUCAAGGACCAAUGGGAGAAGCAGGUGCGCAUCCUCACCGAGGCCGUYGACGAUAUCACUUCYGUGGAUGACUUCCUGUCCGUGUCAGAAAACCACAUUCUGGAGGACGUGAACAAGUGCGUGAUCGCCCUGCAGGAAGGCGACGUGGACACUCUGGACCGCACGGCGGGCGCCAUCAGGGGUCGGGGCGGCCCGCGUCGUUCACAUCACAACGCGGAGAUGGAGAACUACGAGCCAGGCGUUUACGAGCGCGUUCUGGAGUCUAUCAGGCUGCUGUCUGAGACCGUCAUGCCCCGUUUCGCUGAACAAGUGGAGGUGGCCAUCGAGGCGCUGAGCACAAACCCCCCACAGCCCUUCGAGGAGAACGAGUUCAUCGACGCGUCCCGCCUGGUCUACGACGGCGUGCGUGACAUACGGAAAGCCGUUCUUAUGAUCAGGCUUGUAGAGGAGGUUGAUGACUCAGACUUUGAGCAGGAGGACUACGACGCCCGCAGCAGGACCAGCGUCCAGACAGAGGAUGACCAGCUCAUCGCCGGACAGAGCGCCAGGGCCAUCAUGGCCCAGCUGCCUCAGGAGGAGAAGGCGAAGAUCGCCGAGCAGGUGGAGAGCUUCCGGCAGGAGAAGUGCAAGCUGGACGCCGAAGUGGCCAAGUGGGACGACAAUGGCAACGACAUCAUCGUCCUUGCCAAGCAGAUGUGCAUGAUCAUGAUGGAGAUGACGGACUUUCACCAGUCCUGUUUCCCUGUGUUCCACACCAGAGGCAAAGGGCCCCUGAAGAACUCCUCUGAUGUCAUCAACGCCGCCAAGAAGAUUGCAGAGGCAGGCUCCAGGAUGGACAAACUGGCCCGCGCUGUCGCCGACCAGCUGGACAGCGCCACCUCCCUGAUCCAGGCGGCCAAGAACUUGAUGAACGCUGUGGUGCUCACAGUCAAGGCCAGCUACGUGGCGUCCACCAAGUACGCCAAGGUGUACGGCGCCGCCGCCGUCAACUCGCCUGUGGUCAGCUGGCGCAUGAAGGCGCCCGAGAAGAAGCCCUUGGUGAAGCGGGAGAAGCCCGAGGAGUGUCAGACGCGCGUUCGACGGGGCUCGCAGAAGAAGCACAUCUCGCCCGUCCAGGCCCUCAGCGAGUUCAAGGCCAUGGACUCCUUCUAAAGAUGUCCGCCGCCACGACGUCUGUCACUGAAACCAAGAAAAACAACACCACACAACAACACGUUUAAGAAAACUCCCUUCUUUCUUUGUGUUAAUUUGUUUCUUUCGGUGAGAGGAGUUAUACUGAUAAUAACCAACGCCUCCUUUCUCCCUUUUGAGUGACGGGUCGAUGAAAAAACCUACCUGGAGGACUUUGCUAACCCACCGCCUGUACUGAACUACAGCUCCCAUGAACACUUUGGGCUUCUYGGCCAAUGAGGAGCCAGCGCGCUCCCACCCAUAUUUAUUACUAUUAUAACUAUCGUAGCUUAACCGUGUGAGAGCCAAAUGUGUGACACUAAAAACAAAAACGUACUCAAAAAAAAGGGAGAUAAAAAGUUAAAAASAAAACAUAUCAGAAGAGCGGCACCUAAAAUGACUAAAUGGCCAUCAAUAUUAUUGCUAUCUCAUUACUAUCGUGGUACUGACUGGCUGCUCGUACACACAUUAACUGCCUGAAUGGAAAUGAUGAAUGGCGCAGUAGUGGAAUCACUGUAAUAAGAGGAUUGAUCUAUCGAGGUUGAUAAACUUUGGGCGGCAUUUUCGUGGAGGCAAAAAGAGCACAGGUUUGUGCAAAAAGGACUGUAAACCUCUAUAUAAAUCAGACAGGGAAAUUUCAUUUGAAACUUCUCUUCAACAAUGUGCAUUAUAAAGAGGCGAUUGAACUAGAGUUGAGUUUACUGAGUAAUGCAUGAAGUCACCUCCUCAUAACACAUCGAUGACACUGCCUGAUUAUGAAGAGGUUUACAGUAUUUCCCCCACAGAUCUGUGCUUUUUUUUGUACAACACAAAUGUCAAUAUUCCCAUCCUAACUUAAUAUCUUGUAUUUUUCCCCGGUUUGAAUGUUACCUUACCUGUAGAGCUAGGAAUAACUUAUGUUUAAGGUAACUGAAAGUGUUUGGCAUCCAAGUAAUUUGUUUCCUUGUUCCUUCCCGACCCUUAACGGUGUUCCUGAACGAUGCACACACUUUAUGGUCCUAUGGUAUUGCCUUUUUAAAAAUCAAUUUCUCGUGAUGAUAUCACUAACUAUAUCGCAGCCUGAUUGGAUUAUUGUGUAGAGUGUAAUAGUAGACACGGAGAGGUAUGACUAGUUGUGGUUUCCUCAGAGAAUAUUUGGCUGCGUUUAGACAGGCAGCCCAAUUCUGAUAUUUUUUKGAAACUAAUUUGUCUUUUAAUCAAUCAGUUCAGCUCUGAAAAAGAUCUCAUGUGAUUGGUCAAAAGUUAAAUUAGUGGGGGAAAAAUACCAGAAUUGGGGUGCCUGUCUAAAUGAAGCUCUAGAGUCCUACAAACAUACAUACAUUCAGGUAACUGCCMAAAUAAUGGAAACACUUGAGKAAAUGAGGGAUAUAAAGUAUAUUUAAAGGAGGCGCUUCCACACAGAUAAUUCAUCAAUUAACAUCCCAGCAUGCUUAGGGUCAUGUAUAAAAAUGCUGGGCAGGCCAAUUUUUGGGUUACCAUGGCCCCCAUAGGAUGACAAUG